AUAAAAAUAGGAAAGUAAAUCCCUUAAUUAACCAAGGAAAUAAAUCUCCUUGAUUAAUUGGGAGACUUACGUCAACAUUAGUUAGUCAGGUAAUUAAAUAAUAUAAGUUGACACCAAACAAUUGACUUGAAUUAUUUACUCAUAUCUAGAGUCUAAUAAGGUUUACCAAUUUACCAAGGAAAGGAUUCUUGACCUAACACCAACAAAAAAUACGGAGACUUAUUUAACCUAUAAUUAAGAGUUCCCACUCACGGUCUGCCUUGAAGAUACGUAUUCUUGGCAUCGACAUCCCAAGAAAUUAAUCAAUUACUAAGAUUGAAUCAUGGAAGGGAAGAAACUUCGACACCAAAGGAAGGUUGUAGGAUUGGCGAUAUUGUUAAUCAAUGACCAACAAGAUGAUAUUAAUCCAAGCACUUUCACAUGUGAUUUCUGCGUUGAGUCAAAGCAUCUGCAAGAGUCAUUCAAGGUGAAGGGUUGCAGCCAUUUUUAUUGCGACCAAUGCAUUGUCAAAUUCGUAGUGUCCAAGCUCCAAGACAAUGUGACAUCCAUUAUGUGCCCUGUGCCAGGCUGCAAGGGCAUGUUAGACCCGGAGCACUGCCGUCCAAUUCUCCCGAACCAAAUUUUCGAUCGGUGGGGCAGUGCCUUGUGUGAAGCUGUGGUUAUGGGGUCUGAGACUGACAAGUACUUGUACUGUCCCUUCAAGGAUUGCUCAGCGUUGUUGGUUUAUGAGAAUGGCACCAAACGGGCUGUGUGUGCAUCAGUGUGUCCUCAUUGCAAGAGAGAGUUGUGCCCUAGUUGUAAGGUUCCUUGGCAUACUGAAUUCGAUUGUGCCCAGUUUCAGAAACUAAAUGAUGAUGAUAUGGUCAAGGUGCUUGCCAGAAAACUGAAGUGGCCGAGGUGUCCAAGUUGCAAAUACUAUAUUCAAAAAUCUUCUGGGUGCAACCGCAUGAUAUGCAGGUGUGGACGUGGGUUCUUAUACAACGAACCCAGCUAUUCCUUUUACGACAGAAUACGUAUAUUCUUGGAAGAAACACCUAUAUUUUUGAACGAAAUACAUAUAUCAUUCUUGAAAGAAACACGUAUAUUUUGGAACAAAAUACGUAUAUCAUUCUUGAAAGAAAUACAAGAAGCACGUAUAUCAUUCUUGAAAGAAACACGUAUAUUCUUGAAAGAAGCACAAGAAGCACGUAUAUCAUUCUUGAAAGACACACGUAUAUUCUUGAAAGAAACACAAGAAGCACGUAUAUCAUUCUUGAAAGAAACACGUAUAUUCUUGAAAGAAACAAGUAUAUCAUUGAAAGAAAUACUUAUAUUCUUGAAAGAAAGACGUAUAUUAUUCUUGAAAGAAAUACAUAUAUUCUUGAAAGAAAUAUGUAUAUUCUUGAAAGGAGAAUAGUAACGAUCCUUCUACUGAUACACUCGAUAGAUAUCUUACUAAAAUUGCUUUCUCUUUUCUUUAAUUAAUGUAAUUAAGGUAGAGCGUCUCCAAUGUAGUAGCAAAUUAAACUCUUUAGAUUAAAGUUUUUGUUGACUUAUGCGACAAUUUGAAAAGAUUUGUUUGUUGCUUU